GACUAUCAGACUGACUAAUGAAAGGGUGAAGCAAAGAUAAAAGCAGCUGCAACUUGAUGCAUUUGUGGUUGUGGUUAGAUUCUACAGCUUGGCUGUGCUCAGUUUUUGGGUUUUUUUUAUUUUAUUUUUAUUAUUUUGCUUAUUAUAAGAAGUGAUUGGCAGUCCAAUGUGUGAGAUGUGUUCAUUAACUUGGGUCAGAGUAUGAGUUUAUUGUUUAAUCAUGAAUUCGGUCACAUUUCCUCCUGCUCUGAGUGAUCACGGUGUUCUCUUCUGAUCAAGCCACUAUGAGGUUUGUAGUGAGCUUCGGAAACUUGCAGGCGUGGUGGUGUCACAACUUCCUUUGUGCUCAAAGAUUUAGAUCGAGAGGCUCGAGAGUAGCAGGCGAGAGCACACCAGUUCAUCGACAUGUCAAACCCAGUCAUUACUCAUCAGCCGGGUGCAGCCACCUAUGGCACCAACGUACAGACAGGAGACUGGAGCACUGGCCUCUGCUCCUGCUGCAGUGACCUCCUCGUCUGUGCCGUUGGUUGCAUCUGUCCAAUUGCACUGAGCUGCUACACAGCAAAUAAGUAUGGUGAAAACGCAUGCCUUGCAUGUGUUCCUGGAGGCAUGGCCGCUAUGAGGACACACAUGAGACUGACCUACGGCAUUCAAGGUACAAUAUGCAAUGAUGCCCUAAUGACCUGCUGCUGUGGAAUAUUUGAGACAUGUCGAAUGGCCAGAGAAAUUCGUAUUAGAAAUGGAGAGGCCUAAUUAAGUAACUGUGCUUUGUAGGAGAGAACCCCAUCACUGCAGGCUAGAGAUGUGUAUUGUCCUUUCUUUUUUUCAUUAUAAUUUUUGUAACAGAACAAUCAAAUGAAUUUGAUUUGAUUUGACUUGAUUUAUUGUACCAAAUAUGAAUUCAAAAACACCUUCAAAAUGUAAUGAUCUAUGUUAAAUGUGUAGCAAUCUGGGAAAACCCCAGAAAACAGCCAAAAUGAGCAACUUUUUUUUUUCUUUCACAUCUCUACUUUAAGAAAAUAUAAUAUAUUUUACCAAAACAAGUGGGAAUGUUCUAAUCUGUACAGAUAACACUGGACAAAGUUUUAAAAUGUUUAAAUGACCUAAUAAAAAAGACAUAAUAAUAAACAGAA